CGUCGUCUCUAAUUUCACAGAAUACUCAUCACCAUCACUGAGAAAGGACGUCAGACCCCUCUUUCUCACACUCAUCGACGACCAUGCGUCUAUAGAUAAGGAGACGAGCCAUUGACAGCCACUCACCGCUGCGCAGCAAAUAGCAGCAGCACCUACGCGACGCAACGCAAUGGCUGCCUCGCAGGAUGGCCCGCCAACGCAGAGUCGAGACGACGAUGGCGCAGCAGCUGCACCAUCAUCAUCAUCAGCAGCAGCAGCAGGUCCUUCAGCAGACUCGAGUCCAUCAGCGAGCAUCCUCCGCUUCCCUCGCCCCUCGCCAGGCGCACCAGCAUCAGCAUCAGCGGCCUCCUCAAUAAGUGGCAGCGUCAGCGCCAGCAACAGUAACAGCGCCAUCGAUCGCUCCUCACUGCGGCGUGGUGCAAUCCCCUCCUCCUGGACGCCCGCAAACGCCAAUGCAAGUAUGACAUCCAUCCACAGCAGUAGCGCCGAUGUGAGCGAUGGCGGUGGGACGACGGCCAGCCACUUGAGCAGGGCAAAGAGCAUCUCCAGCGUCACGUCCGUCACGAGUACGAGCAGUAUGGAGGCAGUGCCCUUUCGUAAUGCUCCUAGGGGCAAUAUCAGGGGUGGCUAUGCGUGGGGAAGCAUGGUGGGCACCGGCACGGGAGGUGCGACUGCGACCCCGAGCGCGAGUGCGCAGGGAAGAGUCACAAUGCCCACCGGCCCCGCGGCUACGACCCCGACCAUAGGUCAGCGCGACUUUGAAAUCGGCGCACAGCAGGCAGCAGCAGUAGCAGCAGCGGCAGCAGCCUCGCCACCUUCACCCUCUCGGCUCCCCGGCCCCAGCACCCCCAGCCCACGUACAGCCCGACAACGUGGGAUCAACCCAAAAGCCUCUGCCGCAGAAGAAGGUUGGCACUAUCGCAAUGCACCUGGUCUCGGCGGGCGACUAGACGGCAAGCCACUCCCGGGCUCACAGCGUAACCUACGAGAGCUAGCAAGUGCAGCAGCGAAUGCGAAUGCGACCGCGAAUGCCAACGACGACGGGUCCUCCCCGCCAAAGAAGCCCGCCCAUCACGUGCUGCGCUCCAAGCUGGCCAAGAGCGCAAGCAAGCUCGGUGUCAAGCCCUUGACCGUCGUGGGCGUCGGGCCGUCCUUCCAAGCACAAGCGCAAUCGCAAGCAUCUUCUUCAUCCUCGUCCUCGAAUCCGGCCGCGUCAGGCUCCGUCCCUCUAAUGGGGGACGGCGCACCCCUUCGUGACCCGUCUCUGGAGCUCUUUACCCCCCUCAAGACAAGCACGGCAACUAAUGCCCCGCUCAUCGUGCCCAAGCUCUCACCUGCGCCUGGAGCGGGGGGUACGCCCUUCUUCUUCGGCCAUCCAGAGAAUGCUAGUCCCGGGGAUGCGGGGAGCGCAUUGGUGGCAUGGCCGAGCCCGUUGCUCACGCCGACGAGGCUAGGAGGGGAGGAAGGCGAUGCAGGAGGUGGUGGAGGGAUCAUCGCUCGUCCGGGGUCGAGAAAUGCGAACACGAAUGGGAGUGGGAAUGGGCAGCUUCUUCGGCCCCGCAAGGCGCUUAGCGUCCAAGGCCCCUUUCCCUCCUCCUCCUCUUCCCCCUCUGCGGCGCUCGAACCUCCGCCCGCACGAGGAGGAAAGCGAACCUCGCUCACCACCACUCCCACCGCGAACGCUGCGGGCGCAAACAAGCCUCCCGUCGCCUCAGAGUUCUCCCCUUCCUCCCCCUCGGCAUCGGGCCCCGGCCCGACGCCAGCAGAGCAGGUCAUGCUCGAAGCCCAAGCCGGUGUAGCUAAGCUGCCUGAACAGGGAAGCGGCGCAAUGCCUGGUCCUAAUCCCGACCCGGUCGCUGGGCAGGGGAGCGAGCCCGCCUCAUCUGAUCCGGAGGCAGACGCCGACCCCGAUUUUGACCUGCCUCACGUUGGUCCCGGGGAAGGGAAGGGAACCACCCAUCCUCCAAGUCCCGCUGCGGGGAGAGGAGGAGCGCAGAGUGAUGAGUCGAUCAAGAGCAGGCAAGUGGCUGACGUCGAGGAGAACAAUCACGACGACGGCGACGACGACGACGACGAGACGCAAAUGAGCGCCUUGCACGCCUGGCGAUUCGAUACGGCACAGGCCCAGGCGCAAGGAGACAAUGUGGGGCACGAUGCUCCCCCCUCUUCCUCUUCCUCCCCCCCUGCACCAUCCGCAGCCGCGACCGCGACGCCAGCCCCGGCUCUCCCUCCCUCCCUCCGUCCCCGCCCACCGCCCAUCGUCCGCCUCGAGUCGUCAGCCACGGCUGCUUCCAAAGCCCUAUCAGACGGAUCGGACGCGACUCCUCCCGUCCCCUUUAAGCGACCCAACCCACGCGUCGUGGCGGGCAAAGUCUCUAUACCGGAGAUUAGGCCGGAAUUGAUUGAUGGGGGCCAAGUUGCUGCUUCGACUAGGGUGUCGGAGGAGAGCGUGAGGGGAGGAGAAGGGGGACUGGAGGUGCCCUACAAGAAGAAGGGGAAAGGACACACUUUGAGCGUCGUAUCUGAACGAUCAUCCGAGAGAGGGACGAACGCUAGUCCUCCUGAGGGAAGCGAGAGGACGACAGCCUCACCCGCGAGCGCGAGCACGAGCACGAGCGCCGUCGUGAGCCAGUCGAACACUCCCGUGGGCAAGGGCACGGGCACGGGCACGGGAAUCCUUGCUGCCAGCGUCAGCACCACUGGCUCAGCCUCUCCAAGCCAGGGCCAGGGACAGGGCCAAGGUCAGACCCACUCCCACCCAGCCGGCUCCAAAUCGCGUGGUCGAGACGACUUCGAGUUCGGGGACAUCCUAGGUGAAGGUUCCUACUCGACUGUCAUGCAAGCGUGGGACCUCCUCUCCUCCCUGGCCCCCGGCGCGCCUCGCCCACACCCAGCCACCUCAGCCGCAACGGCCAUGAGUGGCUCUGGCUCACGAGCGCGCGCGUCCAUGCUAGAGGGGAAGAAGGUGUACGCCGUCAAGGUGCUGGAUAAGGUUCACAUCCUCAAGGAGCGUAAGCAGAAGUACGUCGCUGUAGAAAAGGAGGCCCUUUCCCUUCUCGUGCGCCACCCGGGUGUGGUGACCCUCUACUGGACCUUCCAGGAUAGGGAAUCCCUCUACUUCGUCUUGGAGCUUGCGCCCAACGGGGAGCUCCUCACGUACAUCAAGCAGUAUGGCUCCUUCGAUGUCCCAACUGCACGAUACUACGCUGCCCAGCUUGUGGAUGUGGUUGCGGGCAUGCACGAGAAGGGCGUGGUGCAUCGAGAUUUGAAACCAGAGAACGUGCUCCUGGACUCUUCGAUGCGCAUCAAGGUCACCGAUUUCGGGUCCGCCAAGAUCCUCCCCAAGACCUCGCCCGCCGCUCCUGCUCAGGGCGAGUCGCCGACUCAACCCAACCCCUCGCACACCACCGCGCCCCGCCCCUCCUCCUUCGUCGGCACGGCCGAAUACGUCUCACCGGAGCUUCUCUCCUCCUCUCUGACCGGCCCAGCCUCCGACUUCUGGGCGUUAGGUUGCGUCAUCUUCCAGAUGUUGGCCGGCCGUCCCCCUUUCAAAGCUAGCAGCGAGUAUCAGACUUUCCAGAAGAUCCUCAAGAGGGACUUUGAGUUCCCCGAGGGGUUCGAUGAACAGGCCAAGGAUUUGGUGGAGAGACUCUUGGUGUUGGAGCCGGAGGGACGAUUAGGUGUGGCGGGGGUUAAGGGGCAUGGUUUCUUUGAGGGGACGGAUUGGGAGGGAUUGUGGAUGGGGGAGGCGCCGGAGAUGAAGAGUGGGAUUAGGGGGCCGCCUGCACCGCCUGCUGCUGCUGCUGCCGUGUCCGCCGGAGUCGAUGGGGACGACGGAGACGCAGAUAGAGACGAGGACGACGGGGACAUCUUUGGACAGGACGGCUGGGCCUCGGGCGACCUAGCAGACGAGAGCGACGAGCGCGCCACGGAGACGUCGGACGUCGAGAUGCUGGCCCCGGCGUCCGCUCUCUCGUCUCCGUCAGCGGACGAGGCAGAGGCGGAGGCGGACGCUUCGUCUCUCUCGGACUCUGAGCAGCACCCCGCACGAAGGCGUGGUCAGUCAGUAGGCGAACGGACGGCUGAGCGCUUCGCUGCCAUUCGUCGAGGAAGUUCCAUGCUCAAGAUUGGACCAGGACAGGGGGGUGCGGCGCCUACGAGCCCGCAGGCAGUCGUAUCGCCCGGCGCAGGCUCGACAUCAUCACGCGCGCGCUUCACCCUGGGAGGCGGAGGAGGCAGCGGCUCCUCAAGCAGUAUAGACGCUGCGGCGAGUCGUGGCACGACCACAGCCGCAGCCGCGCCUGCAGUUGCGACGCACCACCGAGCAACGGGGAGCGGUUCCGCAGGCGGUAGCGUAGGCAGCACGGGUAGUGCCAAUCUCUUCCCCCCGGUUACCGGCCCCGGCGCCUCCGCCAGUCCAACUGCAGCGCUGAAUUGGGGUGCCCUUCUGCUCCCCUCCGAGUCCCUCCUCUACGCUUCCCUGGUCAUCCAUAAGAAGACGGGCACUGCCAACCUCCAGUCUAAACGACGCAUGCUCCUCCUCACGGAUUUUCCUCGCUUGCUCUGCGUCAAGGAGGACGCGGUUAGUCUGACGGUCAAGAGUGAGGUGUUGUUGGCGCAACCACGCGCGAGGGAUAGGGACAGGGACACGGCAGCGGCAGCGGCGUACUCUUCGCCCAAUGUGAUGCUCUCCGUCGAGCAGAAGGGGGCGAGGGGGUUUGUGGUUAACACGCCGGGCAAGAUGCAUCAUUACGACGAUCCGAGUGGGGAUGCUAGUAGUUGGGUGAAGAGUAUACGACGCGCGGCUGGUGCUGGCGCGAGCGUGGGGUCGAGUGGGAAUGGGAAUGGGGCCGCGAAGUAGAGACUCCCCUAUCGAGGUGGGGGAAAGCGCAGAGGGUCGUGAGAAUUCGUGGCUUCUCUUCACUGCGCUGCGACCCUGCGUCGAAGAUUGGGUGUGGCGCUACCGCCACACUCGUGCCCCUAUCAUGCCAAAUAGUAGUCACCGGUCACCGUAUUAUCGUCUGGCGUCGUAGUAGCCUCGUGACUCGUGAGCAGCCCUCGUUGUCCUUCCCUUCUCAGCUUGUCGCCGCUACUUCUUCUUUGCCGUUGUAGAGAAAUAUCUCCGCGAGUGGCUUGCAGUAGUCAAGCCGCGGACGGGU